CUUCCCCCACCAAGUCUCGCGGAGGCGCGUGAGGAGGCAAGAGGAGAGAGGAGGAGGAGAAACGAAAGGAGCAGCCGCAUCCAGGAAAGGUGGAGAGGGAGGAGGAGGAGGAGAAACGGAGCUGCUCCGGUUAAGACCAACAGCGAAACGAAGAGGCUCUACGUUUUCACCGGUUACACCUCCAAUCUCUUUCUUCCGGCGGUGGAUGCAAAUCAACUUUGGAAAGAAAGGCUGCGGUAUGAGUUGCACCUGAGGACCGUUAGGCAGCGGAGAGCCACAGGAACUGGGCCACGUAUCCGGCAGCUGUGUCAAACAGCUUACCCCGAGUAACACUGUCCAGAUGUUCUGCUGCUGCACAGAACAGGAUUUUCAAAUGCUAAAUUUUGGGGUACAGCAUCUUCAGCCUGUCCUGGAAAUGAACUGACCGCUCGGAGGAGAGCGCUGGUUGGUCGGUGAAGUCCUGAAUCCUACAGUGAAACCAUGAGGUCACAACGAAGCUCCGGAUUGGCUGGCAGGCUGACGCUGCUGGUGAUCACCUGCCUCUGUGGCUUUCACACAACCACAUCCAUCGAUAUUCCUCUUGAGGUUUUGGGUCACGUAAACAUUGAGCAGCUGCCCACCAUCACAGAUCAGGCUCCCAGCUCCCUCAUCGCCUUUCCUUUCGACGAGAGCUUCCCCAUGACGUGCGAGGCCAAAGGGAAUCCCGAACCAAAAUUCCAGUGGGAGAAAAAUGGGGAAGAUUUUGACCCUUAUCUAGAUCCUCGGCUGAUGAAAGAGGAGAAUUCUGGGACUUUUGUGAUUCCCAACAAUGGGAACCUCACAGAGUACCAGGGAACCUACCGCUGUUACGCUUCAAACAAACUGGGGACGGCCAUAUCCAAGGAGAUUGAGUUCAUCGUACCCAAUGUUCCAAAAUUCCCUAAAGAGAAGCUGGACCCUGUGGAGGUGGAAGAGGGCCAGCCUUUCAUUCUGAAAUGUGACCCCCCCACCGGCAUCCCACCCCUGCAGAUUUACUGGAUGACUAUCAACCUCCAGCACAUCGAGCAGGAUGAGCGGGUGUCCACCGGCCUCAACGGAGACCUCUACUUCUCACAUGCAGUGGAGAAGGACAGCCGGAGGGACUACUGCUGCUUCGCCGCCUUCCACAGGAUACGCACCAUCGUUCAGAAGACCGCCAUGUCUGUCAACGUCAAGACAAGAGGAGGUGACAGGUCUGAGAGCGCCAAUGCAAUCCUAGAGAGGAAACCCUCACUUCUCACUCCCCCUGGUGGCAGUUCAGAGAAACAGCUGGUCAAAGGAGAGGACUUGGAAUUGGAGUGUAUUCCAGAAGGAAUUCCAACUCCACAGGUGGAGUGGAUGAAAAUUGGCGACCAGCUUCCUGUCAAAGCAAAGCUGGAAAAUCACAAGAAGCUGCUGAUUGUUCCCAGAGCCCAACAGGAGGACAGCGGGAGGUACAUGUGCAGAGCAAAGAACCCACUGGGAGAAGUUGUCCAUUACUUCACAGUGACAGUUGAAGGGCCUCCAGAGUGGGAGUCGGAGCCACAGAGCCAGCUCAGUAUGAUCGGCUCCCACGUCCACAUCACGUGCUCGGCCCGCGGCGUCCCGGAGCCCACCAUCACAUGGAGGGUGAACGGCCAGCUGCUGCAGGACUCCCCAGCGGCCAACAGGAAGAUGCUCGGCGAUACCAUCUUUUUACAGAACGCCAAAGCCUCUGACAGCGCUGUCUAUCAGUGUGAGGCCUCCAACAGACAUGGGACCCUCCUGUCCAACGCCAACAUCAUGAUCAUGAAUUUGCAGCCUAUGAUUCUGACCAAUAACGGGGAGGAUUACUCUGCAGUGGAGGGGAAGGGAGUGAUGAUGCACUGUAAGGUCUUCAGUUCCCCUCCUUCAGCAAUCACUUGGAGCAGGGAUGAUUCCCCUGAGUCGGUGGCGGGGCCCCGGUUUACACUUCAUGACAACGGUUCGCUGGAGAUCCACUCGGCACAGAAAGGCGACGCGGGACAGUUCACCUGUUUGGCUAAAAACACGGAGGGAUCAUCCGCCAUUGACGCUGUGCUUGAUAUAAAAGAUCCCACCAGAAUAGUGGUGGCCCCAAAGGACCUGCAGAUCUUAAAAGGCAGCGCAGCCCAGCUCUCCUGUCUGGCAGAGUACGACGAGUCCUUCAGCAACGACUUUGAGCUCCUGUGGGAGAAAGAUAACACACAGAUAGUGCUCAACUACACAGAGAAUCCCAGAUACAUCAUGGAGGACGGCUAUCUUAACAUCAGCGAUGUUAGCCAUGGAGAUCAGGGUGUGUACAGUUGUGUGGCGAAGACUCCGUUGGACAGAGACACAGCUUCUGCCUUCCUCAUGGUGUUAGAUGUCCCAGUCGCUCCAGAGAACUUGGUUUUAUCUGAGCACAAGAGUAAAAGCAUAAAGCUGGAGUGGAUCCCCGGGGAAGACCACAACAGCUCCCCUACAGAGUUCAUCAUCGAGUUUGAGGAAAACAAGUGGGAGCCAGGAAACUGGAAGGAGCUGCUCCGAGUCCCUGGGAACCACAACUCUGCUGUCCUCAGGCUCCAUGGUCACGUUGAGUAUCGCUUCCGUGUUUACGCCAUCAGCGCCAUCGGAGCGGGGCCGCCCAGCGAACCCACAGAGAGAUACAAGACCCCCCCGUCAGCCCCUGACAAGAACCCAGAAAAUAUCAAAAUCGAAGGUCAUUUGCCACAUGAAAUGAAUAUCAACUGGGAGCCGCUGCUGCCCAUCGAACACAACGGCCCCGGCCUGGAGUACAAGGUGAGCUACAGGCGGCAGGACGGGCAGGAGGAGUGGACGGAGCACACUGUGAAGAGGCAUUCGUUUGUGGUGCGAAACACUCCCACCUUCGUUCCCUACGAGGUGAAGAUCCAGGCCAGGAACAACCAGGGCUGGGGGCCCGAGCCCAGGAUUGUGAGCGGAUACUCAGGAGAGGACUUUCCUUCUGCUGCACCUGAUGAUGUAGCUGUGGAGGUGAUGAACAGCUCAGCGGUCAGAGUGACCUGGACACGCGUCCACAAGGACAAGCUCCAUGGACAUCUGGGAGGCUACAGGAUAAACUGGUGGCGCCUGCGCAGCCUGGUGGACUCGAAGAAAACCCACGGAGACAAACACUCUCUGGCGUUCCCGGGGGAUCGGACCCACGGCACCGUGCCGGGCCUGACACCCUUCUCUGAGUACAGCCUCAUCGUUAUGACCUUCAACGGGCGAGGCAACGGUCCAGGCAGCCAUCCGGUCAACUUCAAAACUCCAGAGGGAGUCCCAGAAAAAAACCCAAUUUUGAGGGUCACAGAUGUAAAGAGGAACUCUGUGUCCCUGGCCUGGGCCCCUCCGUUGGAGCCCAAUGGGAUUCUAACAGGAUAUCUACUGGAGUACCAGCUCAUUAAUGACACAGAGGAAGUUGGCCCUCUGCAGGCUGUGAACAUCAGCAACCCUGACACCACGAAGUGGAUCCUGCAUGAACUAGAGCCUCUGAGCAAAUACAAGUUGUAUCUCCGCUCCUGCACUGCGGUUGGCUGUGGGCCGGUCGUCAGCGAGGAGAGCACCACCGCCCUGGAAACAACUUCUUCUUUGGCUCCUACUGUUGGCAUCAGAAAAUCUCUCUCAACUCCAACCACUCCAAAGUCACAUGUGACCAAACCCACUCGUCCCAACAUAGGCCUGGCCAGCGUCCAUGGAGGAAUCUCCACCCAGGGCUGGUUUAUCGGCCUCAUGUCUGCCAUCGCUCUGCUCACACUCAUCGUGUUGAUUGCCUGCUUUGUCAACAGAAAUAAAGGAGGAAAGUAUUCCGUGAAAGAAAAAGAAGACCUUCAUCCAGAUGUGGAGUCCCAGGGCAUUAAUGAUGACACAUUCUGUGAAUACAGCGACAACGACGAGAAGCCGCUGAAGGGCAGCCAGCGCUCCCUCAGCAGGGAGAUCAAGGCGGCAGACAGCGGGGACAGCCUGGUGGACUACGGCGACGAGGACGUUCAGUUCAACGAAGACGGCUCGUUCAUCGGCGAGUACGGGAGCCGCAAGGAGAAGAGGGUGUCGGCCGAGGUCAAAGCCUCCACUCAGACCCCAGCGUGAGGAACAGAAGGCCCAGCCAGCAGCACUCUACCCACAUGGAACCAACAAACCCAGGAGGACAGAGACGUUAUCGAAGACUGCCGAACAUUUUGUGUCAAAACGUAAUGAGUCAUUGCCAACUGCACACUGCCAUACUCAUUCUCUAAAGCUCUGCUCCUUCACACUGCAACACGAGCAUUACUAAAUACCAUGUAUAUAUAGUGUAUAUUGUAUGUGUUGAGUGUUCCUUUUUUUAUAAUUAUUAUCACAAAAACUUUAGAGGUGGUGAUUUGUUUUGUAUUAUUUUCUCUUCAUGUUGGUGUUUUCAGCUGCACUCUGGUUUGUACAAAUGGUGAACUCUCACAUGGCGUUCUGUCAUUACAUGAACCACUGAUGUCACUGUGUUGCAGGCGAGUGGGGAGAAGUUGAUAUUUUUCCAGUCGAGCAAUUAUUACUGACCUUUUUAUAUCUGAAACAAUUCAUUAAAUUUGAUGUAAUUUGUGUAUGAAAGUUUGCCUAUUAACUUAUUUUUCUCAGUGGGGUAUACCUGACAAAAUAAUGAGGAAAUCUACAUAUCACUGCAUCACCGUAGCUAUCCUGCUGAGGCAGAUAACAGCUUCAGUCUUUGGUUAAUGUGAAGCACCUUCUCCACUGGACUCCAUGGAUACCCAUGGACCAUUGAAGAGUACAAUGGGACUCUUUGCAGAUCCUUCCUUCAGUUUUUUGGCACCACUGCAGGUUUUGGUAAGCGUGGGUGUUUUCACAUCUGAUAGUCCAGUAGACUCAAUUCGAUUGGGAACCAAAACUCCAACAUUUGUUCCAUUUUCAGCUGCUGUGGUUCACAUUUCCCACUGAACUGAGUGAAACAAAUCAAACCCUCUGAGCAACCCAAGAACCACAGAAGAAUAGAACAUAAAACCUUCUGAAGAAGACUCCUAGUGUAGAUUCUUUCUUCACAAAUUGUGAACAAAAUUUUACUGGUUGUAGUUUUUUUCUUUUGUCUUUGGUAAAAACUACAACCAUUGUUUCCCCAAGCGCUAGACUAGCAUGUUUGUUUUGCUUGUAUUUAUCCAGAAUGUUUUGCACUGUAGGCUGCAGAACUGUUGGUAGAGCUGCUGCCUUGCAGCAAGAAGGUCCUGGGUUUGUGUGGUUGUGUGUCCUGUCUGUCUCUGUGUUGGCCUGCGACAGACUCAGACACCUGUCCAGAGUGACCCCGCCUCUCACCCGAAACGUUCACUGGAAAUAGACACCAGCACCCCUCCUGACCGCACCAGAGACAAGGGUGUUAGAAAAUGGUUGGAUGGCUCUGUACUGUAGUCUGCUUCCAGCUCUUGAAGUGGUCUCUGGUCUGCUUGCGUUCACAUCUGUAUUCAAAGUGCACUAGAGUUCAGUUCAGUCCAACUUAGACCAGAAUUAGUUUUUUGGUCUGAGUUUGAUUACACAUUCACACCUCCUUAAACAAACUGGACUGUCUGUAGGCAAACAGACUGCAGUUCAGUUAAAGCGGAUUGAGGAUGCUGUGAAUACACAUGGUGAGGAUCACACAGGUUGGCUACAACUGAACCAGACAAUGACUGUCUAGAGUGAGACUUAACAAUGGAGAAAGGGUUUUAUUUUUCAACAUAUUCCUAAAAUAAUGGCCUAGGUGAUUUUUGGCCAAAUUUUUUUUUUAUAGCCUAAGUUUCCUUUGGAAUUAAAAAUAGGUUCUUUUUUUCUACAAAAAGUACUUGGGCCAUUAUUUUAGUACAGUGAUGGUGUAUCAGUGCCAGGUUUGGAACAUGUGGUUCAUUCCAGAUGAUCAAUGAUUAAUUAUUUCAGUUUUCAUAAAACAUUCCAGACACUGAUCUUUAAAUGAGAAACCUCUGGCUGAGACAAGUAAGCUCAGGAGAUUUUAGCAGCUGUUUCCCACUCCAGCAAAUCUGAAGUUCAAAUCUACAGUCAGCUGUUAUUUGGCUUAGAAAUAACCUUUCUGGUCCCUCAGUGGGGAAAUUCAGGCAAACCUGCAGCAGAGUGACAGGCAGGUUGAGACUUAGACUCACACCACGACUUAAACAAUAUACAAAGUAAAAUCCUGUUAAAAAGCCUGGAUACUCUGAUGAUGCAGCCUAGCAACAGUCAAAUGAAGCAGUUUGAUCUGAUGGGUCAAGAUAUUACAGCUGGACGUCACGUCUCAGGUGUGUGUGUGGGGGUGUGUGUGGUUGUCACAUUCCUCGUUGAUCUGAAAGGACCAUCUGGUGGUGCUUGAUCUGAAAACUGCUAGUUGGAAAUUAAUAUUUUAAUUUUCAUCUAAAGUGCCUUGGAAACGUAUUCCUAGCCCUUGAAAUUUGUACAUUUGUGACAUAACAACCACAAGCUUUAGUGUAAUUUAAUGGGAUUUUUAUGUGACACCAAAAUUCUAUUUGAUUUUCACAAAUGAAAAUGUAGCAUGUAGAUACAUAACAGGUAGAGGAAAAACUCAUUGAGAUUUAAAGUCUUGUUUAUUAAAGCAUCCUGGGCUAUUCAGCAGCAAAACUAGAUAAAACAAGACAAUUGCAAUUUUCUUAAAGUGAUAAACAGCCUGAAGCAUUACUAUCUUAAGUAAGAAUUGUCAAAAGUUUCCAUUUCAUUUAAAAUAAUUAAAGGAGGCUUCUACUUUUUUUCAUCUAACAUCAAUUCAACUACAGCUGAAAUUAGUGUGACCAGGCCAAGAAACCUGAAAAACAUCUGCAUAGCAGUGAAAAGAGACUUUAUACUGUGAAAUAAAUUGUCCUCAGAGCAGCAAGAACAAUGCAAACAAGGCUGGUCUCAAAACUGAGCCCUGGAGGACUCCACAGAUUAAUAGGGGUUAGUUUUGAUUUGCUAUCUCCAGUAAUCAUCGGGCCAGAAGCCACAGUACACUGUGGACAUUUCAUCAGUUCAUCACAGUGGAACAUACGUACACACAAAGAACAAACGGCAAGAAACACACAGUCACACCAACAGGCAAUUUACAUCCCAACAGACACAGGAAAACAUGCAAAAUAAUUCAGAAAACAUUCAAAAUAAAUUUUAAUGAGAGGACGUCUGGCAGUGGAUGUUUUGCUAUUAGAGCAAAGGAAGUCGGAUACAAACACACAGCUUACUUUUAAAAUUUGUUUUUCCGAAAAAUAUAGAUACAGUGUAUAAUUUCCCUUCCACUUAAUAACUAUACACCAUUGUGUUGCUCUGUCACAUUAAGUCCCAUAAAAUACUUUAAAGGUUUAUGGUUGGAAGGUAAACAGAGCGAUUAGAGAGGUUAGGAUACUUUUACAAGAUAUUGUAACUACACAGAUUCAGGAUUUUUAUUGCACACACACCUGUUGGCUGACACCACACUGAACAGUUUCAACUGGCAGUCAUCACAGAGCCUGUAGGUGGCGCAGAAAACCUCAAACUGUCAAUAAGAAUUGUGUUAAUGUGGGACCAGCAAUGAUCAUUUCCAUCUAAUGCCUGAAAUGAAAACGUGAAACUAUCCCUUUAAAGGGUUUUUCUUUUUUAAAGCAAAAUAGAAUGUGCCUCAGACUGAUCAAUAACAUGAUCACCAACAUGAUCACCAACAUGUUUGGACCGUUGAAAAAAAACAAAAAACAGAGUCCUGGUUUCUUACCUCUCUGAGUCAGACCAUUAAAACCACAGAUUCAGAAUUCAGCUGAGUUUCUUUUAUUAACAUUUUCCUGUUAAGUUCAACCCAACCUGGACCAAAAAGCCUUCCUGUAAUCAGAUUACUUCAUCUGGCUGCAGAUGCUUGUCAUUCACCUGUUUCAGUCAUUCAGUAGUUUUUCAGUGAAAUGUCUUAAAAUGCCUUGUUAUCUCCACACUGUCAUGCAAAACACACUUCUGUAUUCAUAUUGCAAAUAACCAACACGAUGUGUUCUGUAAAGAUUCAGCCAUUGCAUGUUAUGAAUGUUAAUCUGUAUUCUUUUUUUAUGCCAUUAAAUUGCUUUACUUUCCUA